UAUCAACUGAGUGUCACCUAAUUAAAUCACACCUCGAUCCUCUCACCAUUCCCAUCAUCCCACCGCCCUAUUCAUUCUCUGUCUGUCUCCUAUUUAUUCCUUCUCUUCUCCCUCCGUUUUCCCUCACUCUUCAACUCCGGAUCUUCAAUCGGGUCGGAUCCAAAUUUUCAUCCGCUAAUUGUUCGGAACUUCAUCCAACAAUGGCCAUGUUGAGAGGACUAAGUUCCCGAAUUUUCCGUUCACUUACCACCACUAACCUCACCUACAGGACCUCAUACCGGAAGUCUCAACUGGCAACUGCUCUACCGAGUUUCGACCGCCCAAUGAGCACCUCAGGGGUGAAAGAAAGGACCUCUAUGGAGGAGUUGAGGAGUCUGAGAAUGGUAACUGCUGUCAAGACUCCAUACCUACCCAAUGGCCAAUUUGAUCUUGAUACAUAUGAUAACUUGGUGAACAUGCAAAUUGAGAAAGGUGUUGAAGGUAUCCUUGUUGCCGGUACAACUGGUGAAGGCUAUUUAAUGACCUGGGACGAACAAAUAAUGCUUAUAGCUCACACAGUCAACUGUUUCGGCGACAAAGUUAAGGUUAUUGGCAACGCCGGAAGCAACUGCACAUCAGAAGCAAUUACUGCAACAGAACAAGGUUUCGCUGUUGGAAUGGAUGCUGCAAUGCAUAUAAAUCCUUACUAUGGAAAAACCUCAUCAGAUGGUUUGAUUGCUCAUUACAAUAGUGUGCUUUCAAUUGGCCCCGUCAUCAUAUACAAUGUACCUUCGAGGAGUUCUCAUGAUAUUCCUCCUAGUGUAGUCGAAAAGUUGGCUGAAAACCCUAAUUUGGUCGGCAUCAAGGAGUGUAUAGGAAAUGAUAGAGUGAAGAUGUAUACAGGUAAGGGACUUCAUGUUUGGACCGGAAACGACGAAGAAAGCCAUGAUGCUAGAUGGGAAUGUGGUGCUACUGGACUUCACUCUGUUGCUGGAAACUUGAUUCCCGGUUUGAUGAGAAAACUCAUGUUUGAAGGUAAGAAUCCUACACUGAAUGCAAAGUUGAAGCCUUUGUUUGAUUGGCUUUUCCAUGUGCCGGCACCGAUUGCUUUGAACACUGCUCUUGCUCAACUUGGGGUUAUUAAGCCAAUUUUCAGGCUACCACAUGUUCCUAUCCCUGUUGAACAGAGGAGAGAGUUUGUGAAUUUGGUGAAGGAAAUUGGUAGAGAGCAUUUUGUUGGUGAAAAAGAUGUUCAAGUUCUUGAUGAUGAUGACUUUAUUGUUGUUGCUCGAUAUUAAGUUGAAAAACCAUAUGGCAUUUCAUAUUGUCAAAAUUAAGUUGACAAAUAAAAUAAGAUUUGGUUUCUUCUGUGGCAAUUUGCAAUGGAAAAUCUGGUUCAAAUUAGUUUCGA